UUCUGAACAUUCAGUGUUACAUCCAGUAUCUCAUGAGGAACAAGGUGCGACCAAACUAGCUAUGGAAUCCUUUAACUCUACUUAUGAAUACGACCAGGACUAUGAUGAUGAAGUCUGUGACAAAGGUGAAGUGGUUAAAUUUGGAUCCAUCGCCAUUCCAAUUUUCUUCUCUAUCGUCGUCACUCUGAGUCUCACAGGAAACAUCCUCGUCCUUGUCAUCUUGGCUUUGUAUGAAAACAUGAAAUCCCUGACCAACAUCUUCAUUGCCAAUCUUGCCAUCUCUGACCUGGUCUUCACUAUCGGUCUCCCCUUCUGGGCCAUCUAUGACGUCUGGGGAUGGGUGUUUUCAGAGACUGCCUGCAAGAUUGUGCAUUUUGUCUUUUUCACUGGGUUUUACAGUAGCGUCCUCUUUCUGACCAUCAUGACCAUCUACAGGUAUUUGGUUGUGGUCCACCCGCUCUCUGACACGAGUUUUCUAAAGCUUGGGACUGGGUUUUUUCUGUCUGUCCUCACGUGGAUGAUCAGCAUUGGAGCAGCCAUGCCAUCCCUGCUACAAACUGCCCUCGUCUCAGUCCACCACAAUGGUACACACUCUUUGGGCUGUGAAUUUAAAGACCCGCAAUGGAAAAUCAUUGGUAUGUCCCAGCAGAAUGUUUUCUUCUUGGGUGCAUUUGCAGUGAUUGGUUUCUGUUACAUUCAGAUUUUAAAGAGGAUCACCAAAACAAAGUCCCGCACCAAAACCAGAACAGUAAAAUUAGUUUUUUGCAUCGUGGCCGUCUUUUUCGUAGGCUGGGUGCCUUACAACAUGGUGAUCUUUUUUAGAGUUUUACAUCACAGUGAACUUCAGUUAUUUAAUGAAUGUGAUCUGAGUAUCCAGCUUGACUAUGCCUUUUACAUUUGUCGACUGAUUGCUUUCUCUCAUUGCUGCUUGAACCCGGUCUUCUAUGCAUUUGUUGGUGUGAAGUUCAGGAAUCAUUUAAAGUCACUGCUGCUUCGAAUGUUCAGCCGCCCGAGUCCAGUUGAUCAAGAAAUAAGAAUGCAGAAUCUUGUAUCACGUGGAUCAAUCUACUAGAUGCAAAUAUCUUCAUCCUUGAAUAUGUUUCUUUACUAUAUUUUAUUUUUUUUUAUGUUUCCAUGUUUAUUAUAUAUAGAUGGGUAGAUUGUUUUUUAAGAUACAUGGUCUGUAAUGUUAAGAGAAAGUGCUCCAUAUUUGAUAUUUUGAAACAAACUAUUCAUCUGUCUGAAGUCUUUCAUGACUAAUUACAUUCAUGUGUUGGAGUGAAGACAAUAUGGGGGUCUUAUUCCUUUAUUUGAUAUACUGCAGGUCUUGAAUAGAUUUGAAGUGUUGUCUUUAAUCAAUCAGAUCCUUUACAGAACAGUCUAUAAUGUAAAAAGAGAGAAAACAGGAACUGAUAAGAAAUAUGAGUGUAUUGCAUUACUCAACCAAGCAAUUAAAUCUGCAGACUUAUCAAAAUAUUGCGCUUGUUCCACUGAUUCUCAUUCUAAAAUAAAAAUGUCAAAUGUAAAAGCUUAAAUCAAGGUGAAGGAUAAUUUUGUCAACUUGUUACGUUCUCUCGCUGCUGCUUGAACCUUAUCUUCUAUGCAUUUGUUGGCGGGAAAUUCAGAAACCAUUCAAAGUCACUGCUGCAUCAAAUGGUCAGCUGUCUGAGUCCAGUUGACAAUCAGGAAGUCAGAAUGCAGAAUCUUGUCUCGCGUGGAUCAAUCUACUAGAUGCAGGGGCAGACUGAGGAGAAAAAAUGGCUCCGGAGUUCCUGAGAGGCUGAUUUUUCUGUUAAGACUAGGGCACUUGAUUCUGUGCAUUCUCAAGGCGAACUCAAUGUGGACUUGAAGGGUUGACCUGGAUGCAAUCAAUCUGCAGUACUGCUGAGGUGUGCAAAAAAGCAAAGGUUGCUUUGACGGAAAUCUGUUUGUUUGCAUGAUUUGGUCUGCUUCCUGUCAUCUUCCUUCUGACAAUAUUUUGUUAAUUCCCUUUGGAGUUAAGCUUAGGCUAGUUUGCUGCUUAAUCACUCACAGUGAUAUCAUUAUCUUCAAAGCAGACAUUGGUUUUUCUGUCACUGUGGUCAACAUCCGAUUUCUAAUGGAAAAAUCAUCUCCAUAAAGCUUGUGAGCAGAGGAAAGCGAGGUAUGCUCUAAAAUAUUUUGACAGACAGCUGCUGUGAUUUUGGACCGACAUCAGUAGAUGACGUGACUCCAAAGGACAUCAGUAACUGAGUGAAAAAAUCAGACUGGUUUAAUGGUAAUGAUGCUCUUAGUAUUAAAUUUCAAUCAAUAUUGUACUCAGCCUUUUUAGUAAGUUUGUCCAAAGACUGGUAAAGACUGCAAUUUUCUAUUGUACAGCCUGUAAAUAAUCCUUUUUUUUCUUUUUUUUUUUUUUACAAAUAAUUUGAAAAGUAAGUUCAUUUCUGUAUGAGCUGCUAUGCAGCAGUUUAAUUGUUUUGUAUUUGACUUAAUUUUACAUUGUAAUUUAUAUUUGUAAAGUCACUGUUCACUUUUUCAAUGGAAUAAAAGUUG